AUGACUGGGCCUGGGGUAUUCAGAUUAAAUAAUGGUAAUGAGAUUCCACAAAUUGGCUUAGGAUGUUGGCAAAUUCCAAGGCUGUAUUGUGCUGAAUUAAUUUACAAUGCAAUCAAGGUAGGCUAUAGAUUGUUUGAUGGGGCACAGGAUUACGAAAAUGAAGAAGAAGUUGGAGAAGGUAUUAAAAGAGCAAUUGAGGAAGACAUUGUUAAGAGAGAAGAACUAACGAUCGUAUCAAAACUAUGGAAUAGUUUCCAUGCUAAAGAGAAUGUUAAACCUGCCUGCUUAAAAAUCCUUGAAGAUUUGAAAAUUGACUAUUUGGAUGUCUUAUACAUGCAUUUCCCUAUAUGUCAGAAACAUGUUCCUAUCGAGGAGAUUUACCCACCAUUAAACUAUUGUGGAGAUGGAGAUAAUUGGCGCUACGAAGAUGUUCCUAUUAUUGAAACUUGGCGAGCCAUGGAGGAUUUAGUUAAGGAAGGACUUGUUAAAUCAAUCGGGAUUUCAAAUUUCAAUGGUGCUUUACUUCAAGAUUUAUUGAGACAAUGUAAGAUCAAACCUCAAAUUCUUCAAAUUGAACAUCAUCCAUAUUUGUCUCAACCAAGGCUCAUUGAAUACUGUAAAUCAGUCGGAAUACAAGUUACCGCCUAUUCUUCAUUUGGUUUUCAGUCAUAUGGUACCGAUAUUGAGGUUGUCAAGCACAUUGAUUCUUUAUUGAGACACCCAACUGUAAAUGAUAUUGCAAAAAAUCACAACAAAUCACCCGGGAGUAUUUUAUUAAGAUGGUCAACGCAAAGAGAAAUUGCAGUUAUCCCAAAAUCUAGCAGCAUUAAAAGAUUGGCAGAAAAUUUAGAAGUGAAUGCAUUUACUUUAUCUGACGACGAAAUUUCUGAAAUUAACGGAUUAAAUAGGGACUUGAGAUUUAAUGAUCCUUGGGAUUGGGACAAGAUUCCAACAUUUAUUUAG